AUGAGGGGGAGGGGCUUGAAUGGGCGUGGCAAAGAGCAGGGGGAGGGGAGGGGGCGUCUCUGGUGACUCUCCCACGACCCCUGAGGGGCGGGGGUCGCUCGUGUUCGUGUGGGGGCACUUGAAGGGGGUCUGUGCUAGGAGGGCACCGCACCGGGUGACGCAGCUCGGCCAAGCCCCGCCUCUUUCAGCCGGAGCCCCGCCCCUCCCGCCUGAGCCCCGCCCCCAAUUCCCGGCCCGUUCCGGGACGCUCUGUGAGAAGUUGGGGCGUUGCCGUGGCAACAGUCUGUCCCGACACAUCGCGACAGCGGCUUCGGGGACAUUGCCGGUCCCGGGAGAACGGGACAGCCCCGGGAGCGCCGGCUCGGGCAGCGCCAUGGCAGCCGCGACUGCCGCCACCGGAUCCCGGUCCCUCCGUGCCGGGGGCUCCUCCCGGGGGUCCCUCCUCGCCCGCCGCCUCCAGCUUUCCCCGCCGGGAUUGCAGUCCGUCACGGGCUCCAGCAGCGCUGUCGUGAUUUCUCAGGAUGUACCAAAACAUCCUCAAGAGAUUCUCUCCUUCAAGCCCAAGCUCAAGACCAUCCAAGUCAUCACCAAGGACGUGAUCCGGGAACUCGUCGUUCCCCAGGAGAAAGCCGAAGCGUGUCUCAUCAUCGGGGAGAAGGAAUAUGAGAGGAUCAAGGAGUCAGCUCGAGCCCCGAGCGAGGAGGAGCGCCGGGACAGGCUGAAGAGCCUGAAAGCCAGACAGGACGCUGCUUUCGAAGCCCUGCAAAAGGCCAAGAGCGAGGAGCAGAGAAAGGCAGAGCUGCAGGACGAGAGGGAGUGGCGGAGAGACGUGCAAGAGGAGCUGCAGCAGGAGAAGCAGCAGCUGCUGCAGCGGGCGGCCAGGAUGAGGCUGGAGCAGGAGGAAGAGAUCCGGGCGCUGAACACGCUGUUCCUGGAAGCCAAGUGCAACAUGAUCUGGGACAAGCAGCUCCUGGAGAAGCGCACGAUCCGCAAGGAACUGGCGGACGAGGAGAAGCGGCUGGACAAGAUGAUGCUGCUGGAGUGGGAGAAGGGCAGCGAGGUGCAGGAGGAGCUGGAGUGCCAAAGGAAGCGGGAGCUGCUGAGAGCCAGGCACGACAUCGCCAAACAGAUGGAGCAGAACGCGGAGGAGCGAGCGCUGAGGGAGGAGGAGCUGUACCAGGAGGGCCAGAGGCACCUGGAGCGGCUGGAGCAGAUGAAGAGGGAGGAUCGCGAGGCCUGGCAGCAGAAACAGGAGCGCCGAAAGCAAAUCCAUGCCGAGAUUAAACAAUUCAACGAGGAGAGCCAGAGGCUGCAGGAGGAGCAGCGGAAGCGGGAGAGGCUGGAGGAGGAGCGGGCGCUGGAGCAGCAGCGGCAGAAAGAUGAGCGCGAUGCUGCCUUGGAGGCGGAGAAGGAGCGGCUGCGGCUGGAGAAGGAGAAGGAGCUGGCCCGGCUCAGGGUGACGCAGGAGCGGGCCCAGGACUGGCUGGCAGAGCGGGAUGCUCUGAGGGCCAAGAGGAACCAAGAGGCCGCCGAGCGGGAAUGGCGGCGGCAGGAGCUGCAGAAGGCGCGGAAGAAGGCCGAGCUGGAGCAGCAGCUGAGGCAGGAGCGGCUGCAGCAGGUGGCCCAGAAGGAAGAGUACGUGGCCAUGCAGGUGGAGCAGGACCGCCAGGAGUUCCAGAGGGUGCUCAGAUCCAGGAGCUCCAGCAGCAGCGGCAGCGGCAGCGGGAGGCUCUGAUCGAGGAGGGCCGGCAGCAGCAGCAGGAGGCUCGGCAGCGCAGCCAGCGCCUCGCCCGCUUCGGGCAGCAGAAGCUGCAGGAGCUCAGAGCCAGCGGCGUGCCCGAGAAGUUCUGUGCCCAGGUGGAGCGCAAAGCCCAGAAGCGAGCCAAGGCAAUCCUCUCCUAGGCCCAGCCCCGCCAGCAACCAGCUCCAGUUCCCACCCAUUUGGGGCUCCAUUUGCAUUGACAUUUCCAUUUCCAUUUCCAUUUCCAUUUCCAUUAUUUCCAUUAUUUCCAUUUCCAUUUCCAUUGUUCUGGGUUCCACGGUGGGGUGUAACCAAACUCUGAGUUCUGCUCCCAUCUCCACCAUCCUGCUGAGCUGGCAGUGGAUGGGUCCAGCUGGAGCUGCCCAGUGCACGGGUGAGCCCUGGGGCCGUCAGAAGGGAAGGGAAGGAGGCAAAACCUGCACAGAAAUGUUUGUUUGUCUCCCCAAAGUGCAAACUGCACCCAGCCCAAGCGUCACCUUUGCCACUGGACCGUGGCUCAAAGGUCUCCAGCCUGUGGACACCCAGGCCAUCAAGGAUUGCCCAAAACAUCCCAAGAGUUUGUAGGAAUUCUUGAUUGUGAAAUUCCCAGCCCGGGGGGAGGUACUGAUCAUUCCUCAAUCAGACCAAAUGUAAUCCGGGCUCUUUGGGGCUUUGGGAUGUCACCUCCACUCGAGGGAGCCAGAGGAGGACCAGACCUUCCCCAGGACCAUUUAUUUCACCAUCAACAGGACUUCAUCCAUGCCCCCUGACCAACAGGAUGCCAGGUUGGAUUUUGUGGUUUUAAUCCAGUUUUCCUGUAUCCCUGCAUUUAUUGUAAUCUUUCCAUGAAGUUGUAAUUCUGACCUGAAAUCUCUCUCGAGGUAUUUGUGUGGUGUUCAUUUCUCCUGCUGGUUUGCUUUCAAACCAGCACAUCCAUUGGCUGAGUUUUCCAAUAAAUUACAUUUUCUGUGUAUUCCAUGGGGCUCUUGCUCCUAAUGCUCCCAAACCUGGAGGAGUUUUCCUGCUGGUUUUAUCUGCAGGACCAUGGAGAGGAAAUGGGAUGGAAAACCCUGGCAGGACAGGGAUGGGAGUGAAAAGGAACAACAACCACCAGAGGAAAUUCAACAAGGAUAAAUCUGCUCCGGUGUUCCGUGGGCUCAGUCAGAACAGGAGGGAUGAUGAUGCUUCCCAUCCUCUGGAAGGGAAAUGGUGCCAUGAGCAGGACUAGAGGAGCCCUGGCUCCUUCCAGAUGGGCCAAAGGGGCACUGGGAUCUCCUGGAUGCUGUGGAUCCAUGGAUUGGGGCACAGCAGAGCCACGGGAGCACAACAUCCCCUGCUGCCACCGAGAAUCCAUCCCUGUUCCUGCGGAACUGAGCUGGGACAUGGAGUGACCCCGACUGGGAAGGAACAAAACAGCCCCUUGGUGCUGGCCCCGGGAAUCCUGGGCACAGAUCCUCUCAGGAGAGGGGAUUUCAGCGAGCCCAAAGGUUUUGGCAGAGCUGCUGUGGAGACAGAGGGAAUUCAACUGCAGUGGCCUGAUCCCAACAGCCCUGGGAAAGCGGGAGGAACACCCACAGGGCCUUGGUGGCACCACGGAGUGGGGAACACGGCAGAGGAUGGGGAAAAAGAGAACCCAGAGCCUCCUGAGGGCCGCUUUGACCAUCAGGGCAGUGAAGCUCCAGGGCCCUGCCAGGUUCCUCUGCUGGAGGAAAUGUGCCGGGGAAGUGUCCGGGCUUUGUUCCUUGUUGGGGCUUUUCCCUGGAAAUCCCUCCUUUUGUCACCCUUUGGAUUCUGAAUCUUGCUGCUGUUGGUUUUGCUCUCUCGCUGCUGUUUGAGGAAAUUGUUCUUCCCUCAGCCCUUUGGGACCUUUGCCUUUUGUGCCUCCAGCGGCAGGGGCUGGGACAGCGGCCCCUGCUCUGGAGCUGCAGAAUCCCAUUCCUAAAGCCUGACAGAACUGAACAAACACCAUUUCUGCCAGUUUAACCAAAAAGCUGCAUUUUGCUACCAGAGAAACCAGUGCUGGGUUCCCUGGCACUGGGAGGAGAGGUGGGGAGCCACGGCUGUACUGGGAGCACUGGGAGGGGGAAAGGGGAGCACUGGGUGCCCUGGGCAGCCCCCCCCUGACUCGGGAUCAUCACCCCAGGCAGGAGGGACAGCCACGGGAGCUCCUCGUGUCCCCAG